GAUUGGCCAGAAAAAGUCUCUGGCAACAUUUAUUCCCCAUCACUGUCAACACUAACUCUACCGCUGGUCUUCACAAUGACGACUGCACGGUUCUUCUUGGGGGUUUCCCUUUUUGUUGUGCUGAUUGCGGAUAUAUGCUGUGUUCCUGUUAAGAAAGGCCAAAAUCCUAGUCCUCCCCAAAGCGGCAGCGGCUUGAAUGCUGCUAAUUUUCCGUCUAACCUGGGAGUGCAUCAUGCCUAUUACCCAGGUGGACUUGCUGCACCCAUCAUUGCUCCCUCUAGAGAUGCCUCCCCCCCAGAUGCUAGUUACUCUCAGCCUGCUGUUCAGAGCGAGGCAGCGGGAUCAGCCGGCUCCAGUUCUAGACCUGGCCAGCCGGGAUACUCCGUCAGCUCUACACAGUCUGGUGGUCCUCCUCCGCCUGAAGUGGAUUGGCUUGUAAAACCUCCCAGUUUAUCCUCUGGAAGUCAAGGCGCGUCAGCUGCCACUGGUGACCUUGGAUCCAGUAGACCUGGUGAGACGAGUGUGAUUUUACCUCCACUGCCCGAACUAUCGUACCAGGCGGGAGAGCUAUCCCAUUUUGAGAGAAACGCUGAAAAUGGGGCGAGCCAGUCGGAGAGGGAAGAAAUGGGCUACCCAACUGGCCACCCUUUCGAUGUGCCUCUUGGCCCUGGAUACCCUUCUUAUCCCUUUCCACCCGUUGACCUUGGGGGAUUCUUUGGUCAUCCUUAUCCCUACUAUGACUACAGGUUCCUGACCGGCCAGUACCCACCUGGCACAGUCAGUCACUUCAGCCAGAACUACGAGCAGGGCCGAGACUUCUGGCAAGACAAUCACUACUUGAAAGAACACGCUCUCCCUUCUCCCCCUCCUGGCCAGCAGGUAGCAACCUUCCCAGGUCCCCAGGGCUUCAGAGACUCCAGACCCCCUGUGAAUUUGCCUGGUUAUAGACCAGGUGGGGCUGGGCAACCCUCUUCUGCCCACAGAGUCUAUGCAUAGGCUGGAUACUAAGCGGUGAAUGUCAACGGCAUAAACAUGCAUUUCAGCCAUUUAAUAAACCUUAUAAAUACUA